AUGGGUAUAUCCGCGCAAAGCCUGUGUCUUUCCGUCCUGAUAAUCCUUGCCCUUUCCAGCCCGGUAUAUGGAUUCGGAGCGGGGAACAUCGCGUCCCUUUCUAAGAUCGAGGGGCAGAACUGGCGCCAUGGUGAUAUUGAAGAUGCCCUUUUAACUCUGUACCUGGCGCGAGUGGCUGGAGGCAAAAAGUUCGGCAAAUUGGACGUGAAAAGAGUUUACUUUGGAAAUUGGUUAAGGGAUUAUAGUCAGGCUGUUGAUGUCGGUACUGUGAAGUAUGUUAGUGCAGAGGCUAUUCGGAUCUUGAUCUGGGUUCUGGGAUUUAUGAGUUUCGGGUAUGGCACUGGCGAGUUCGAGGUUACGACGGAGCGACUUGGUUGCUAUCAGCCAACUGAGCAUAUUGAUAAUCCCUUGGGAUAUGCGGAAGGCGAGGAUGCUCGUAACUAUGACCAUCGCCUACGUGGUCCGGUGGAUGAGGAGCGAGAAUUAUCUAUCGAUCCGCGGACGGGUCUGAAAUGCUACAUUGCAUCCGAGGAUAUGGGUAUUGAUACGUCGGCACAGUUGAUCCGUCGUGUUCUUGGUCGUUCUAUUCAGCUCGGUCGUCGCUAUGCUCGUUCCGGCCAUGAAGAAGAUCUAUUCGAGGCACUCCGAUUACUGGGAACGGGACUGCAUUGUCUCGAAGACUAUGCAGCUCACUCAAACUACACUGAGUUAAGUUUAAUUGAGCUUGGGGAAAGAGACAUCUUCCCCCACGUUGGUCGAGAUACAAUGCUGGAGAUCGAGGGUAUCUCUGACAACGUCUAUCCGAUUGUGACUGGAACUUUUGGUGGUGUUGAUUUUUUCCACUCCGUCCUCGGGGAGUUCUCUGAUAAGACAAAGCAAUCCGAGCUACAAUCACUGGAGGGUGUUAUUAGCGAGUCGGAAAACGAUAAUUCAUCAGAGAGCAUCUUGCAAGGGUUGCUGAGCAAUAUUCCUAGUGGAUUGCUUGGUGACAGUGAGAACCAGACAGGUCAGAUGGACGAUUUCAAGGCAAAGGCCGACGAGGCUAGAGUCAAUGGCUCAAACGUUUCUCCACGCGAACCAGAGGAGUGGGCAAUCUAUCUCAAUGAUGUACAAAAGCAAAUCUACCCAAUUCUGGAGUGGCACGACCAUCUGCUGAAAUCAAUCAAUGAGAUCAUCGAGAAGAUCCCCGUUUUACCAGAUCUGAUAGAAAACAUCCAGAACGAAAUAACGGUUUUUGUCUUCUCAGUUAUCGCGCCGUAUGUUUUACCGAUUAUCCAACAAGUCAAAUCUGAGCUCGAGACUGGCUCCUCAGAAGUGAUUCAGAGUAGUCAGCAACAACAGCAUAUUGUGUUCAAUGAUGAUUAUUCUUCCAACCCAACCCAUUCGAUGCUUUCGAAAGAUCACUUCUCGAAUGUACUUAAUGAACCUGCUGGGCGGAUUGCUUCUACGAUUGUCAAAUGGACCGUUCCUCAGCUGAUGCAGUGCUGGGAUAACGAAGAUGAGGACGUCGACCGAGUGUUAACUCGUAUCAUCUCGGGUGUUUUUCAUCAUCCUGCCGCACGGGAGUAUGGAGACGAUGGAGCAAACGAGAUGCGUCAGAUCAUGUUCUCCACAGUUGAGCAGUGGUGGGGCGAGAAGGAGGAAGAAGGGGCACAGGAGUACCUCCGCGAACAGCUGAGUCGGGACGGUGUUCAAGAAGGCAAAAACCACAAGGAAGGCGUUGAAGACUGUGGUCAUGGUUGUGGGAAGCCUCUUGCUCUGCCAAAGAUCAAGAAUAACUCUGAUGAACAGAGUGGAUUCGGCGAUGAUGCUAUUGGGGACAUGGCCUCCCAGAUGCUGGGAGGAGGCGCGCUGGGCGGAUUACUUGGUGGUAUCGUGGGUGGUGGCAUGGGAGCUAUGAAUCAACGUAGGUCUGACCGAGAAGAUGAAGACGAUCGGUCCUCCAACGAGAAUGGUUAUGCUCGCCACGAGCAUCACGAAAAGCACCAACAGCAGAGCUCCGGUGGAUACUAUCGAGAGGAGCGGCAGGAGAUUGUUGAAAGCACCGAGUCAUCCGAAUAUGUGCAUAGCGAAAGUCGUUACGAAUACGAAAGCUCGCAAUCUGGAUACCCACCUAUGCAAGGUUACCCACCUCCACAGGGUUACCCACCUCAGCAGGGCUAUCCACCUCAGCAGCAGGGAUACCCACCCAUGCAAAGCAACUACGGUCGUGAAGGUUUUGAACAAAGAUAUCCACCACCAGGUAACGAAUUCCAGCAGCCGGGACAGCAGCCGGGAUAUUCAUACAGAGAAGAGAGUUACGGCCAAGGCUUUGGUGAGAGACCUGUGGUUUAUGGAGAGGGACCGCCUGAACAUGAGCGACGAUCUAGAGAUAGCUCGAGAUCGCGCGGUAGCGAUGACGAAGAGCGUCACCACCACAGGCACCACCGCCAUCAUCACCACCAUCAUCAUCAUCAUGACGAUGAUGAACAUGAACACUCUGGCUCGGAUUCAAGUUGA